CGCCACAGCUUAGCAGUGCUUAAUAGGUGCUCUACUUAGGGUGGCCUUACAUCAUACAUCAAAGUGCAUUUAAUCUUUCUGGAAACUCACGGUGAAGGCCAGUGUUUCUUGUGGAGCCAUUAUGUGUCAGGGACUAUUUUCUGAUCUAUUGAUCCGUUACCCGUCAGGUAUCAGUAGGUGUGAGCAUACGUAUUGUUCACCAGAUGUCUACAUUACCUUAUGCUGGGCAGGUGUGAAUUGUGGUCUGUGGGAGCCCAGGAAAGGUGCUUGUCUCUGAGGUCAGGCCGGCAGCAGUGCUGAGCUGCGGAGGCUGAGCCAAGACUCCAAGGGCUUAGUGACAGGGCUCCUGUCCUUGCAUGGUAAAAACAGCUGGCAUUCAUGGUGCCAUACUGGGAAGGCUCCACAGAAUGGAAGGUGGCCAGGACACAGUGAACCACAGAAUUACCCCCUGUACAUCCGCAGCACCCCCAUGGAGAGUGAGCUGAAGUUUCACUACAUGGUGCACACCUCCCUGGAUGUGGUAGAUGAGAAGAUCUCCACCAUGGGGAAGGCCCUGGUGGACCAGAGGGAGCUCUACCUGGGCCUGCUGUACCCAACAGAGGACUACAAGGUAUACGGCUACGUGACCAACUCCAAGGUGAAGUUUGUCAUGGUGGUGGAUUCCUCCAACACAGCCCUUCGAGACAACGAAAUCCGCAGUAUGUUCCGGAAGCUGCAUAACUCCUACACGGAUGUGAUGUGCAACCCCUUCUACAACCCUGGGGACCGCAUCCAGUCCAGGGCCUUCGACAACAUGGUGACGUCCAUGAUGAUCCAGGUGUGCUGAGCAGGACUCUGCCCUGAGGAGACGCUGUGCCGAGCUGUUUAGAGACUUCUGUUUCUGUCCUUUCUGUCCCGGGGGCGGGUUGGGCUGGUGCGGGUGCCUCCCCACUAAAGGCCUUUUGAGGUGAGAUGCGCUGGGUUCUUCUCUCUCAGCAGAGGGCUCUUGCUGAGUUCCCCUGUAGCAUCAGGGGGGGCUGUGGCCACAGCAGGAGGUGCAGGGAAGGGGCAGGGGACAGGAGGUCAGCCUCUGCCUCUCACCUCUGGCUGGGGCCUCCUGUAGGCUGGACGGCCCAGAACCAGCCUCAAGGGUGGAGGCGUGGGUAACUGCCCACACCUUCAGGAGCCCGAAGGGCUCUGGGUGUGGGACUUCUCUCCCCUCCUGGACACCCACCUGGACUCUGCUGUGGGCACAAUUCCCGACUUGCCCCUGCUUCCUGACCACAGAGCCUUCCCUCCUGCUCCUGCCAAGGUGGUCAGCAGAGGCGUCCAGGCUGCUGCUCCAGCCCCUGGCUUCCCUGAGCCCUCUGCAGCCAGAGGCCACAUGGCAACCCUGGCUGUGACCAGGAGGGGGCAGCACCUUCUCAUCUGGUGGCUUUUGUCAUUCAGUGGCUUGUCUGAGAGGUGAGGGUCUUUUUUUUUGGUACUGGGGGUUGAAGCCAGGGGCACUUUACCGUAGAGCCACAUCCCAGCACUUUUAAAAAGUUCUUAUUUGGAGACAAGGUCGCACUAAGUUGUUGAGGGUCUCGCUCAGUUGCCCAGACUGGCCUUGAACUUGGCCUCCUGAGUUGCUGGGGUUCUUAGUGUGCCCUGUUCCCUGCUGUUCUUUCUUUUUAUCUUGGGGUCCUGGAGGUUUAAAUGCCUUUAAAGCCAGUGGCUUCCUGAGCCCUGGCGCCCCUCUGAGCCCUGCCCUCCUGCGCAUUGUGUCAGGACUCGCAGGGCCCAGGAGGGCCUGGGACGGGUGUGUUGACGGCCCCUCGGCUGCAGUGGUGUGGAGGUGAGCUGCUUCUCCUGGUCUUUGUACUACUCCCAGUCAGCAAGAAUGGUGCUGAUUUUUUAAAAAAAUACACGAGAAGAAAGCCCUAGGCCCUGGUCACCGGGGGAACAGGAGGACCUGGAGAGGCCUGGAGGUGCAGUGAGCGAUGGCUAACUCUGACGUCCUGGCCCCAGGCUCUCCUGGGGCCUUUGGUCUUCAGCAAGAGGCUUGUGUUUGGAGAGGGAGGACAGGACGGAACGGACGGCAGCCCAUGGAGGCACCCUGGUUGGCCUUCAGUGUUGGCUGUGGUCGGGACAAAACAAAGUGCAUGUGCCCGACGCCCCUUCUCCUCCCUUCCCAGCAGAACCCCAGCUUUACUGGAGCCUGUUGGCCAGAGACAGCAGUCCCCCGCUCUGGCUCAGCAGGACAGGUCUUCCAGGCUUCGAGAGCUUGCCAUUGCAAUAGAGCCGCAGGUUGACAGCUGACAGCUGCAGGUUGCUUGAACUCAGGUUCAAUCUGAGCCAUGUCCCCAGCCCUAUUUAGAGACAGGGUCUCACUGAGUUGCUUGGUGCCUCGUCGUGGCUGAGGCUGGCUUUGAACUCACCAUCUCCCCGCCUCAGCCUCCUGAGCUGCUGGGAUUCCAGGCGGGCAGCACCACACCUGACAGGAGAGCCACAUUUAUAAGGGGGUUCAGCUGGCUAUGGAGUAUCCUUCACCAUGUCCUAUCUGGAACAUUGGUGUGAUGGCUGGAGCUCAGAUAAUCCUUCUAAGGGCAUGAGGACAAGAUUCAUGCUCUGAGGAUGGGGAUCAGUGCUCACUGGGCCUGGACCUGGCUGGCAUGUGGCCCUGGACUGUUUACCUUCAGCUUUUUUCAUGUAAGAAAACAAAACAGACUCCUCUUGUUCAAGCUGCUGCGUGGGUGUUCUGUCAGGGUGGCCAGACCACUCCUGAGUGUGCUUCAUGCGAGGGGUUUUCCCCGCGUUGUUAGGUGGCUCCCCAUCUUAAGCUCUGGAAGGCCAGAGUCAGGACUGAGCUGCAGCAGGGUCCACUCACUCUGCCCUGAGGCCAGCCCUACCCGAGUGCCACCUGGCGGCUCUCCAGGGCUGCUCCCUCAGCCUCCCUGUUAGAGGCCCACCCUGUGUGGCCAGAGCCACUUCCACGCAGCGGCAGAGCUGGAAGCCACGCUGAAGGGGGCCGUCAUCAGCCCCCGCCCCCAGCCUGUGCAGGUCCCCAGGAGUGUGCUGCCUCAGGCCAGAAGACUGGUGGGCACCCAGACGGAAGGCAGCCCCUGGGCCCUGGGCAGGGAGGGUGGGAGGAUGGCCGGCCCGAGCCCCCCCACCGAGUGAGCCUGCUGCAGCCCCUCCCCCAGGGGCCCGCGGGCUCCUCUCUUGGCAGGACCUUGACCCUCAGCCUCUGGGGCCCCACCUUCUGGGUGGGCCUGCAGCCCUGAGUCCUCCCUGGAGCCAGGUGUACCUCCCUCCAGGACGGGCCACUUGCAGACUGCACUGCCCAUCGGGUGGAGCAGACCCAGGCCAGCUGGACGUCUGACUCACCAGACACAGGGGCCUAAGGAGUCGGAGCUGCGCUAACACGUCCCCCGGGUGGCCUUGAAGCAGCUCCUGCUCUGGCGCUUCCUGGCCCCUAGACUGGGGGGUCACUCCGGCUCUCCCUCUGCCUGUCCCGUCUGGUGUUUCUGGGCUCAGUGUCAUGUGUCAUUGAAUCACUGAACCGAGGGUCGAAAGUCCAGGAGAACCUCAGCUGGAGGCCUUUUUCCCCUGUACCAGGGGUUGAACCCAGGGCGCUUUCCCACUUAGCCACAUCUCCAGCCACCCGCCCCCCUGCUUUUUAAUUUGUUUUAUUUAGAGACAGGGUCUAAGUUGCUUAGAGCCUCACUAAGUUGCUGGGGCUCGGCCUCCAGAGCCCUGGAUCACAGGCCUGCGCUGCUGUGCCCAGCCUGUUUUUGUUUUGAGAGGUGGUCCGAGUUACCCAGGCUGCCUCACAUGCCCCAUCCUCCUGCCUCAGCCUCUUAAGUAGCGGGUUACAGGUGUGCACGUCAUGCUGCACAGAAAGAAAGUCUGAAAGUGUGUUGAAAGGUUUCUGGAUUACUCAGGUGUGACGGCCACACCUGUGAUCCCAGCUGUGACUCUGUCCCAAAAAAUAAACAGGACGGGGAUUGAGCAGUGGUAAAGUGCCCAAGGCUUAAUCCUGUUCAAAAAAGACUUUCCAGGGGCUGGAAUGGAGCUGUGGCUCAGUGGUAGAGCGCUUUCCUGCUGCAGGUGAGGCCAUGGGUUCAAUCCUCAGCACCACAUAACAACAAAAGUGAAGGCAUUGUGUCCAUGUACCACUAAAAAUGACCGAAAAAAGAGACAGGACUUUCCAAAUGAGUUCACACCGACGGAUUUUGGAGGUUGGGACGUGGCCCUGUUUGGGGCACCACUCCCCUUGCUGGAAAGGCCAGCGCUGACCCAAGAUUACGAGGGGGCCGUGGGCACAGGUCCCCGGCAGCGAGAGCCUUUCCUGCAGGAUGGAAGACCCACUGCCUGGCCCUGCUCCCUGUGGGCUCUGGGCACAGAGGGCCCAAGUGGCAGCUUUCUCAGGACACGGUGCCCAGGGGGUCUCCACUUCUGCUUCCUGACCUGACCAGGUGGACCUAGGCCAGGUGCCUCGAGGGGCCAGUGUGCCCUGGCCCUCAGCCACAUCCCACGGCGCCCUCUGGAGUCCGCCCGGAGGAGCACGCCCAGUGAACUAGGAGGCAGGAGACCUGUCGUCAGUGCUUUUAAAAUACUCAGAUUUAAUAUAAUUUAUGCUUUAUUCUAA